GUUCAUUCGCAUCAAGACAAAGGCACGCCUCGCAUUGGAAUCUUUUCUCUAUCACUAUAAGACUCCACUAAAUCUUGUUUCCUUCUCUCAUCCUAAGAAUCCAUAUUGCGGUGUUACAUUCGUGAAAUGGUGGUUUAACGGCAAGCUUAAAGCCUUUGACGCAUCAAUGGGAUCGGUCUUGGUCGAAAGGAUGGCCCAGGAAGGCAUGAGGGAACCUGAGGUGAAGAAAGUCCAUCCUUUCUUUACUAAAGGUCCUGCUGCCGACGUUGCCAACCCUCCGAACAGCGCAGAACCAUCGCCUAAAUUUUUGAGCAGCGAAACUCUUCACGAAGACGCUGAGCCCGUGCCAGAAGCUCAAAACGGUAGAAGACGUCGAAAGGCCGACGCGACCCUCCCACAUGAUGCGCCUGGACCGAAGAGACCACGACGAAAGCGCCAGGGUGAUGCAGCUCCAAGCAACUCGAACGCGACUAUUGAGCAGAGUCUUGGAAUCAAGCUUACGGAGCCCGUCUCUGCCAAACCGGAACCCGAACCGACGAAUAUCGCACCUAUAAAACCCAUCGAGACCACUUCGCAAUCCAAUACUUCCAGCAAUACGGAUCCCAAUGUCAAGGGCAAAGUACUGAAAUGGAACCCGAAGACAGGGACAUUGGGAUCACCCCCAAAGCUCAAAUCGAAGAGCCCUCCGUCUCGCAUGGUGUGCGUGAAAUAUGGACGUGACGAUGCCAACCGAAAGGAUAUGGGGGAUAAGAUAACCCAGAUCCUGGAAGGCAAGAUAUUGUUCCCACCAACACCACCAAAGAGACGAGGAAGGAAGGCGAAAGAGGACUGUAUAACCAAAAUCGAGGAUAUCUCGAGGACUACACACCCAUUUUUUACUGGGAAGGCAAAGCAAAACACGAAAACGGAAAGCCAAUCUGCUUCCAAAGGGCACUCAGCUUCGGCACGACAGACCGUAUUUAUGUCCACGCCAAUGUCUCCUAAAAAGCCUCGCAAUCCAUUUUUAGUGAACAAGCAACCCCCACGGUUUGGCGUCAAGACUGGCGUUACUAAGGUGCCCGGGGCUAUGCAGCCUCUGUGGCCAGCGAAGGGAAUGGCUCAUGUUCGUGGUUUUGACCUCGAACUUAAUUCGACAUUAUUAUCAUCCGAGGAGCAUAUGGAUAAAAAGUCCAAAGGUUCUACUGUCACAAUCACCCCCGACGAGUCAGUGCUGGACAGGUUCUGUGCCAAUAUGGAUAUUGCUGCUAUCCGAGAAUCACUGCCUAGGAAUCACGAUAGUUUUGAACCCGCGCCUAAGGAACUACGAACCCCUAACCGGCACUUUGAAAGUGGACGAAAACUUCAAAAACGUGUCCGGUCAGAACUCAGAACCCUACGGCUGGCGAGCACCGCUGAUAAUGAUGAUGUGAUGAUGGGCGACACAUCCGAGGUCUCUGCAAGAAGAACACACCCCGCAGUCAACCGGUUAUACGAAAUGCUUGAGACUAGCCUUUCUGCAUAUGAUAGAUCAACGUGUGAGUCUCUGGCCUGGACGCAGAAGUACGCUCCAACUGCAGCAUCAGAGAUCCUGCAGGCUGGAAAAGAGGCCCUCCUACUGAGGGACUGGUUACAAACACUGAAAGUUCAGUCUGUAACUACAACAACCGAUAAUGCAGCAACCAAAGGAAAGCCAAAAACAAAAGCAGCACCGAAAAAGAAGAGAAAGAAGGAUGAGCUGGAUGAUUUUAUUGUCAAUAGCGAAGAGGAAGCAAACGAGAUGGAUGAGAUCUCUGAAAACGAGCACGAUUGGGCACCUGCCGGCUCAGGAUUGCUGAAGACAGUCGUUCGAAAUGGCGACUCUGCAAAGGAGCAGGGAAGACUGACGAAUGCCGUGGUUAUCAGUGGUCCUCAUGGGAGUGGCAAGUCGGCGACGAUUUACGCAAUAGCCAAAGAAUUGGGAUUCGAAAUUUUCGAAAUCAACUCUGCAAGUAGACGAAAUGGCAAGGAUAUCUUGGAGAAGGUUGGCGACAUGACACGAAAUCACCUUGUUCAGCAACACCGCGCAGAUCCCGGUUCUGGAACCACGGAGGAAGAUGAGAUUUCUCGGGAUUUGAAGUCAGGGAAGCAAGGCAUGAUGACUGCUUUUUUCCAAAAGUCAAGAGUCUCCAAACCACCAGCCAAGAAACCCGUCGAGGAGAAGUUGCCCGAAACAACAAAAGCCAGCUCGGCUAAGAGCCAGAAGCAGUCAUUAAUUCUGCUGGAAGAAGUUGACGUCUUAUACGAGGAAGACAAGCAAUUUUGGGCAACACUGAUGGGAAUGAUGGCACAAUCGAAACGACCAUUCAUCAUGACCUGUAACGACGAAAGCCUGGUGCCUCUCCAGAGCCUUGACCUCCAUGGCAUUUUCCGAUUCGCACCUCCACCUAUGGAUCUUGCUGUCGACCUCUGUCUUCUCGCCGCAGCUAACGAAGGGCACAUUCUACGACGCACAGCUGUUGAGGCCUUGUACAAGUCUAGAAAUAACGACCUCAGGUCCUCGCUAACAGAACUCAACUACUGGUGCCAGAUCGGGGUCGGGGAUCGCAAGGGAGGAUUCGAUUGGUUCUGCCUGCGAUGGCCCAAAGGGACCGACCUAGACGAAAACGGCGAUGUAGUACGAGUGCUGAGUGAGGACACUUAUUGCAAGGGCAUGGGCUGGAUUGGUCGUGACCUGAUCGCUACCUGCCCUGAUCCAUUGGAGUCAGAAGAGGAGGCAAUGAAACAGGCGUGGGACUCGUGGGCAUUAGACAUGGGCGAGUGGGACACUACACUGGAUUUGCCGUCAUGGGCCGAUGGUGUCUCUCAACAUAUAUCGCAACGAAGCCAGAGGCUCGAGGCACUUGCGGCCUUUGAUGAGUUCUGCACCUCAAUGAGCGAUGCAGAUCUCUUGACAAGCGGCACUUUGGGGAUCAGAUUUCAGGUGAUGAUCGAUCCGGAACUGCCUGAAAUGCCAAUCAAGAUGCGAGACGAUUUCAUCAUCGGAAGUCGUCUUCUUGAGGCAGACCCCAAGGUGAUGCCGUCCUCACCCAGUGUCAACCUCUCCUUGUCUCUCAGGUCCCUAGCAAGGCAAAGCCUUAUGCAUGCUUCACCCACACUCAAUACUCCCAAGACUCUCCUCGAACCACUCACAGAGAAGCGAGUGGUUGAGUCCCUUGGCCACUCAUUUGAGCCUCAAACCGCGCCGCUGAGCCGCAUGGACCUUGCGUAUGCAUUCGAUCCUAUUGCCAUAAAUGAGAAGAUAUCAGCGGCCAGUUAUCUUGACCCAUCAGUGUUUGACAGGACCACAAAACUCAUCGUCCUAGACGUGGCGCCAUGGGUACGCGGGAUCGUGGAGUUUGACAACACGCUGAUGCAAGAGCGGCUUAAGUUGAGUAACCUCCUAAGCGAGGGGGGCAAGCGGAAGAGGAUGCGCACGACACGCAGUGCAUAUUCAGCUAUGGAAGGGGGCGAGAGGAGGAAUACACGUCGUGAGAGGUACUUUGGAGACACCCUCAACACGGUCUUUGUGAGACGUACCGCCGGCAAGGGCUGGCAGGAUGCUGUGGAGAGAACAGCGCCAAGGGAGACAACAGGGAGUCUACCCAACAGUUCACCGCCGUCCUCGCCAGCAUCAAGCAUUUAACGAGGGCAGAACUCUGAGUGGGUUAUGCCGUAUAUUCUAAACGCGAAUUGACUUGGAAGGAUCAUGAUACAUACGCAUAUAGGUCGGCAAGCUUGGUUUUUGGGGAGUCUCCUAUGCGCGAUUGCAUAGCACAGUCUCAGAAUUACGCAUAUUAUAGAACAUAUUUUGAAAAUAUAUACUUAUAAACCAGUCCCCUGUGUAUCUGAACGCCGUAUCAUUGUCUCAUGUAGCAUACAAGUCGUAAGAAUUGUCAAAUAAACACUCAACCAACUCCGUUGCAGUACAAUGCAAUUCCAUCCAAACCACCCAAUAGACAUAAAUGACAGCAGAAUAAAUAAAUAUAUGAAAACGCAUUCCAUUGUCAGGCUAUGUCACCACUCAGGGUGCAUAGGAGCAGGCUGAACGACGGUCCUCCUCCGCUCAGCAUAGACUGGUUGGGCCUGAACAUAGUGAUCAUCAGCAGGAUAUGGCAAUCGCUCAGCAGGCUGCCUCAUCCUCUCAUACUCAGGCCGUGGCAUACGCUCAAAGUUCUGAGGUCGCCUGCGAUCAACUUCUUCGUAGUAGACAGCAUCGCCACGACGUCGAGUUGUUCGCUCGACCACACGCUCGCCAUUUUCAAGUGAGCGCCGACGACGGUGAUGAGUGCGGUCUGAGCGGUGAUGCUUGGAAGAACGCUCCCAGUCUUCAUGAUCACCGUACAGAACACCCUUGGGCCAGACCUUAUGGGCUACAACAGCAGCGACACCAAUACCGGCUAGAAGGCCAGCCGUAGUCUUGAAGAGCCCAUGGUGACGAUGGUUGUCGCUGCGCUUGGAGCGCCGGGAUGGUGACCGUGAGCUUGAUCGAGACGAGAGUCUUGCUCGUGAUUUAGAGCGCGAUACCAUGCGAGAUGAAGGUCUCCCACGAGGUGCUUGUGAUCGACCACGAGAGGGUGAAGGGGUACGGCUCCUGGACAAUGGCGAUCGGAUGGGAGAUGGGCUUGGCAUUCUAUCAUGGACAGAACUGCGACGUUCAAAGGAUCCAGAGCGAGGAGAGUUCUGCAUGAUGGGCCAAGACUCGCUAGUGCUAGUGUCGGUAGUGAUCUGUAUCUGUAUGUAUGCGUGUGCGUAUGUAUGUACGUCUCACUUGAUUGAAGUUUCAAGUGUUAUAUAAGUCUCGGUAAGGGCACAACUCCAACGGUAGAUUUGUGCCCGAUUGGGUUUUAUUUGUUGUUACUUGGUGAUCUGAAGCAAAUUUUCUGUUGGACAAGGACCAGUGUUCUAACGUUAGAGAGUCAGAGUCAGCCCUCAGUCGCGCCAGAUGGGGUUUCUGUAAGGAUUGUACCUGAAGCAGGACCCACGACUCAGCAAGAAACUAACUGAAAUUUGUCUUCUAAGCACUUGGAAGACUCUGGUAUUUUUUACUGUGCUUCUGGUGCUUAUAAAGACCUAACAGGGAUGUCCUUGUUGAAGAGUACUAGGUAGGUUAUGACGUACAAGAAGGCGGAAACACGAUGGGGCUAUCACGAUGAAGGAAUUGACAAUUGCUCUUGGGGGAAUGGAGAUCAUUCGAGGGAGACACUGUCGAUUUAUGAGUGAAAUACCCCAGACCGAUAAGUUACAGGUCAGUGGCUUAGACGAUAUGUCGAUCUCUUGAGGGAUAAACAUGCGGGGAGAUAUUGAUGAAUGAAUAAAUGAAUUG